AUGGCUUCUUCUCUUACUUCUAAUUCCAUUCUCGGAUCCACCAAACCCGGUUCUCUUCCAUCGGAGCUCUGUCGUCUCUCUUCUCCCGCCGUUCAGAUCUCUAUCCGAACCCAACCCAGAAAAAACUUCCAGAUACAAGCGACUGGAAGUUCAUAUGGGACUCAUUUUCGAGUUACUACUUUUGGUGAAUCACAUGGAGGAGGAGUUGGUUGUAUAAUUGAUGGAUGUCCUCCUCGGAUUCCACUCUCUGAAUCCGAUAUGCAAUUCGAUCUUGAUCGGAGGAGACCAGGUCAGAGCCGGAUCACGACUCCUAGAAAAGAGACUGAUACUUGCCGGAUAUCUUCUGGAGUCUCCGAAGGAAUGACGACAGGAACAUCCAUCCAUGUGUUUGUGCCAAACACAGAUCAGAGAGGACUUGAUUACAGUGAAAUGUCGGUAGCUUAUAGGCCAUCGCAUGCUGAUGCAACUUAUGACAUGAAGUAUGGUGUCAGAUCAGUACAGGGUGGUGGGAGAUCUUCAGCUAGAGAGACCAUUGGAAGAGUUGCUCCUGGAGCUUUGGCCAAGAAAAUUUUGAAGCAAUAUGCAGGGACCGAGAUUCUUGCCUAUGUCUCACAAGUCCACCAGGUUGUACUUCCAGAGGAUUUGGUGGACCACGAGAAUUUGACCCUCGAACAGAUAGAAAGUAACAUUGUCAGGUGCCCUAAUCCCGAGUAUGCAGAAAAGAUGAUAGCUGCGAUUGAUGCUGUCAGGACCAAAGGGAACUCUGUUGGUGGUGUUGUGACCUGCAUAGUUCGGAAUGCUCCACGUGGGCUUGGUACACCGGUUUUCGAUAAACUUGAAGCAGAACUGGCAAAAGCUUGUAUGUCCUUACCUGCAACAAAGGGAUUUGAGUUUGGAAGCGGCUUCUCAGGUACGUUUAUGACUGGUCUUGAACACAAUGACGAGUUCUAUACCGAUGAAAAUGGAAGAGUACGGACUAGAACAAACCGAUCUGGUGGAAUUCAGGGAGGGAUAUCGAAUGGUGAGAUAAUAAACAUGAGAAUAGCCUUCAAGCCAACAUCUACAAUUGGAAGGAAGCAGAAUACUGUAACCCGAGAUAAGAAAGAAACCGAAAUGAUUGCACGUGGCCGUCAUGAUCCUUGUGUUGUUCCACGAGCUGUGCCAAUGGUGGAAGCAAUGGUGGCGUUAGUUCUUGUUGAUCAAUUGAUGGCGCAAUACGCACAGUGUCAUUUGUUCCCGAUAAAUCCAGAGCUGCAGGAACCUCUUCAGACAACUUCUCCAGUCGAGCUCGAGCAGCCGCAAAAUGCUGCAGCUUUGUAA